AUGAUCAACCGUGCGGUUCGCAGGUGCCGUAACGGACCGUUCGUCGAACGUGAACAAAGUUUAAUUCUCGUGUCGAACCGGACGAAUGAAGUAGGCUUGAACGAUGCCCUCGUCACGUCUUCCAUGGGAGCAAAGCGAAUUGUUCGAGGUGACAAAACAAAAGAUGCAAGAAAACCGCUAAGGUCGAUGACGGACUCGACAUCUAGACAACAGCAACCCGUACGAGACUGGACUCAUUGCGGAUCUGAUCAUCAUUUUCAAAUCCAGUUUAAUUCGAAGAAUCAUUCCAACUUUAUUCCAACGGCAUCUGAGCAAUCGCAGAAUAUACUUCGACUGAAAUUAUCACGAGUCUGCUCAUCUUUCCAAGAAGAUUUAGAAGCAGUUGACUUAGAAGGCAGAUUCAAUGAACACUUGUCAUUUUGGGACGAAUUCAAUGUAGUCCAAGAAAAAAUCGAUGAUUUAGCCGUAACUGAAGAUGAAAACGUGGAAAAUGAGUCAGAAAGGGUACAAUUCGAAAAUCGUUUUUACGCGAUAAGAGGUCUUGCUAAAAAAUACCUUAAGAAACUUUCAACAGGUUCUACACCAUCCAAAUCUUUCACACCACAAUGCAGUGCGUCAUUUUUACCCUCAUCGCGUUUUGAACUUCCCAAGCUUCAAAUUCCUACAUUUUCCGGUUCUUAUGACACUUGGCUUACUUUUUACGAUUCAUUCAAGUCAAUGUGCCAAGACAAUCCAGCAAUUCCAGAUUUACAUAAAUUUUUCUAUCUAAAGGCAUGUUUAGUGAGUGAAGCAAGGGAAGUAAUCGGUUCUCUCACAACCACAACGGAAAACUAUUUAGUAGCGUGGGAACUUAUAAAAAAACGAUAUGAUAAUAAGAGAUUCAUUGUCGAAAAUCAUUUUAAAUCCCUAUUCGAAACUCCGCGAGUAUCAAAGGAAUUCUCAACGCGUAAACUUCUCGACAGCGUUCAAAAGCAAGUCAGAGCUAUCAAAUCUCUCGUCGAUAAAGAAAAAUUAUGGGACACUCUUCUUGUUUAUUUUAUUAAAGACAAACUGAAUACUUAUACGAAAGAAAAAUGGGAAGAAUCAAUUAAAGGUACAAACAUUCCUUCGUUGGAGGACAUAAUUUCAUUUCUUGAGCAACGCGCAAUCAUAGACUCGUCUCAUUUCAGUCAAAAACAGAUUUCAUGUCAAAAAAGUGAUUCAAAUAAAUCAAACUCUAGGUCUCAUUUUAAUUCCAAACAAUCACAAUCUUGCAUGAAAACAUCUAUUGAUUCUAAAAACCCUCCUGCAAAACAGACAUGUCCAAUUUGUGAAGAAAAUCAUAUGCCAUGGGCAUGUUCUUCUUUCAAGAAAAUGUCGCCUCACGAUCGGUAUAUUGAAAUUAAAAGGACUUCUCUUUGUCACAAUUUUUUAAAUGGUCACCAUCGUACUCCUGAUUGUCUAGGGAACACUUGCAAAAAAUGUGAAAAAAGACAUCACACUCUUCUUCACUUUGAACGGCAAAAUACAGAUAAUUCCAAUCAAUCUUCCAUUUUCGAGCCUUCUCCUCAACAACUAUUAAGCUGUCAAGCUCAAGUCACCUCCCAGGUCAUUUUACGUACCGCAAGGGUUGACAUUCUUAAUAGCGAAGGCAAAUUUCAAUCUUGUCGCGUUCUCUUAGAUUCGUGUUCUCAGUGCAAUUCCAUCACUGAAAAAUGUGCUGAAUCCUUAGGGCUACAACAGAAGAGCGUCGAUGUUCAACUAAAGGAUGCACAAAAUCGUCGUUCCAAAGUGAAAUAUAGCGCCGUCGCAAAAAUCAAGUCGAGGUAUACAGACGCGGAAAUAAAUUUAUCCUGUCUAGUCUUCAAGGAAAUUUCAGAUCAAAUGCCCUCUCUACCCCUUGAUAAAAAUAAAUUUAAAAUUCCGCAAGGUGUUAUUCUAGCUGAUCCCGAAUUUUACAAACCAGCUGAUAUAGACCUUCUAAUAGGGACAGAGUUUUUCUAUCAACAGUUACGUUCAGGUCAAAUUCAAAUUAAAGGGCAACCAGCAGUGUAUCAAGAAACUUUACUCGGUUGGGUCAUUGCUGGUCGUAUUUCAAAACCUCGUUUUUCAAAAUCGCCAUCUAAUGUCACUUGCAAUUUAAUUAAAUUUCAAGAGCUGCCUAUUCUCUGGGAAUUAGGAGCAGACUCAAGCUCAAGUCUUCCUUUUAAUGAAAAAAGAGAGUCCCUCGGAAACUCUAAAAACACAGCCUUUCAACGUCUUCAUUCCCUUGAGCGAAAAUUUGAGAAAGAUCCCUUUCUCAAAGAACAGUACACCGAAUGCAUUCACGGGUAUCUUAAAAAUUCACACAUGACUCAGGUUCCAGAUCAUGAACCCAUCGAUCACGGUUUCUACCUUCCACAUCAUGCAGUGGUAAAAACAUCUAGUCUCACCACAAAGGUUAGGGUCGUAUUUGACGGGUCUGCUAAAACUUCUUCCGGCAUCGCAGGAAGAUUACAGGAAGAUUUGUUUUCGAUAAUCACCCGCUUUCGAUGCUUUCGUUACGCUCUUACUGCUGACAUCGAGCAGAUGUAUAGGCAAGUAAGAGUAUCACAAAAAGAUAGUCGUUUCCAAAAGAUCUUGUGGCGUGAUUCGCCUCAAGAACCAAUAAAAAUUUACAGCCUAAAUACAGUGACUUUUGGAACUGCUUGCGCUCCAUUUCUCGCGAUUCGGACCCUCCAUCAGUUAGACGAGGACGAACGUGAAUCGUUUCCAAUCGCAUCCGCAGUUUUGAAACGAGAUUUCUAUGUAGAUGACCUUCUCACAGGUACACAGACUUUCGAAGAGACUUUCAACCUUCGAAAUGAUUUAAUCAGUCUUCUCAAGAGAGGCGGUUUUAAUCUGCGGAAAUGGGGUUCAAACGAUCCUGAAUUAACACAAAAUUUUUCUACAGAAAAUUCAAAGACUUUCAUGUCCUUAAACCCUGCUGAAAGUGUAAAGGCUUUAGGGAUUCAUUGGGAUUCUUCAAAUGAUUAUAUGUUUUAUACAGUCAAUUUUCCUAAUUCAAAAGAGAUAGCCACGAAACGCUCAAUUUUAUCCCAAAUUUCAAAGCUUUUCGACCCAUUAAGUCUACUCGGUCCAGUAGUCGUUUUAGCAAAAAUCUUGAUCCAACAACUUUGGAAAAUUCAACUUACGUGGGACAGUCCUGUUCCUCAAGACAUCCAAGAUUUUUGGAUCAAAGUUGCUGAAAUUCAAGCAGCAACUCGCUCGCAAGAUUGGCGUCACGUGCCUACUUUAGAUAACCCUGCUGAUAUGAUUUCGCGAGGACAAGGACCUCAAGAAUUCCUAGCAAACAUGCUUUGGUCACAGGGCCCUCAUUGGCUAAGUCAUGAUUCCAGUACUUGGCCUCAAAGGCCCUUUCAUAAAAAGGAAAUUCCGGAAACAAAAACUCCCUCAACUCUUUCCCUGCUAAUUUCUAUUAAAGAGAAUCAAGAGGAGAAUGAAAUCCUUAGACGAUUCAGCAACUCUAAAAAACUCACAGUCGUUUUAGCUUACUGUCUUAGAUUCAUUCGUAAUUUAAAAAUCAAGGACAAAACGGUCAGAAGAAUCGGAAAUAUUUCUACAGAAGAAUAUAAAAUCGCCUUUCAAAAAAGAGCAGCAAUGACAGUAAUGUUUGAUGGCACGUACCGCGAAGAAGAGGUGAAUGCUACCGAAGGGUUAAACGUCGAAAAAACAUCCUGGUCCAACAAGAGCGCGGGAGUAGAAAUUCAAUGA